GGUGAAACCAUGCACUCCGUACCUGAGUUUUACUCCAAGAGGAAGCCCUUGGACGCGCAGUCCUCUGCCAGGUUGGACCAAUGUGGACUACGAUUAGGAAUGUGGUACUGGAAAGAUGAAACCAAAACUCUGGAAUUUAGAAGUUUCACACCUGCAGUGGAACUGAAGGAGAAAGGCAAGAAAGGAAAGGCGGUUCACUUUGCUGAAAUGGACGGCGCAACUUCAGAAAGGUUGACAGAUAAAAGGUUUGCCUCGAGGGAGGAAAAGUCACAGAAGGCCUCAGAGAAACGAUGCCACCAGGGCAACAUCACGCUGGAGGAUGUCAAGUUUGUUGCGUUGCUUUCACUCCAAGACACUGAAAUGCAGCGGGUCUGCUCUUUCACAACGUUUAUGAGAAAUAAGAAUCUCGAUAGCUUCCUAAUGGCACUGUUGUACUAUCUGUCCUAUUACUUGGAGAAAAUCUCAAUGGAGAAGAAACCCCAAAGCUACAUGGUAGGCCUGGUAGAGAAGAAAGAGAUGGAGCUGGUUAUGAGCAAGUUAGAAGAUGCACAGAAGUACCUGGCGCAGAAGUAUUGUGUGCUCGUGCUGGGCGUGGGUAUGGCAGAUAAGCAUCACAUGAACUGUGGAAAGGAGAAAAUAUCAGACACACAGAAAGACUGGAAAUUCUUUGAGUCCUUUUAUACUUUCUGCACGUGCAUAGCUUGGAUUGUCUUCCGGCGUCAAUACUUGACAGAGAUUGAGGAAGAAAUAGGAAGGCUUUUUCGUACCAAUAUGUUCAACAUUCCUCGGAGGAAGCGCCAGGAUGAGGAAUCGGGAGGGGAGAAGAAGCGCAUGACAUUGGUACAAUUCAGGAGAAUGAUGGCAAAACGUCCAGCCAUUAAAAAGGCCGUGGACAUGCGCUCCCCGGUCUUGUCUACACUUCUGCCGUCUCUCAGAGAAAAAGCUCAGCAUAUCAGUGAGAAAAAGUAUGUGGCAGGCAUGAAACUCCCACCCCGAAUACAGAAAGACAUAGCAAGUCUGGAGUCUGUGGCUAUGCCAAUAGUUGGCAUCUUGGGGGAGCCUCGAAACCUCUUCAACCCUCAUACUCUCCUCCCCCUUGAACAAGAAGAAAAUGGAAAACCAAAUGGAAGAAGUUCUUCCAUAAUAGAGAGAAAUAACACAAAGAUUCAGGACACGCUGAAUUUGGUCAUGACAGCACUGUCUUCCAACAGCAGCCCUGAUUAAUCCAGUUUGUUCCAGUUCUUUAUUCAGGUCUCUGUAUUUGAAGUAAACUACUUUGACUUAACACUUUAUAAAUAGGGUUAAUAGUUAACAUAAAUAGCUAUUUAAAUUGUUUUCUGUUAAAAGAUAAUAAUUCAAUUAUUAAAGGAUUUUAGAAUGCUCUUA